AUUAAAACCCAUCAAGACUGAUCAAUAGAAACUUCUCUCAGUCUCUGAUCAUGGAAUAUUAAUUUUAUCAGAUAGCCGCAUUCUCAAAUACCCAGUUCGUCUCUUGCCCUCCUCACUCUCAUGGACGCCUUCCCUCGAGAGAGAAUGGCCACCACUUUCCUUAAGCUUCCCACCAUCCUCUCUGUAACUGUAAUCCUUGCUUUGGUUCUGAUCUUGCACACCCAUAUCGUUUUCUCCCAGGACAUAGAAGACGGUGAAGACUAUGUGGUGGACAACCCCUUCACCAACGCCCUGGCAGGAAAACGGUUCCUCGCCAGAAUCAGGAAGGGUGCACACUGUGACGUCUCUAGGAACAGCAUCUGUAAUGGGGUAUCGGUGAACAACGGGACCGGGCUUCUUCAGUGCUGCAAGACGCAUUGCCGCAAUGUUCUUGGAGACCGGAACAACUGUGGGCGGUGCGGGCACAAGUGUGGAUUUGCAGAGCUCUGCUGCCAUGGGAGCUGCACCAAUGCAGCCUACAACGCCAGCAACUGCGGCAAGUGCGGUAACAAGUGCUUGCCGGGAGUCAAAUGUGAGUUUGGAGCUUGUGGGUAUGCUUGAUUAAUCAUUUGUUCUCAUAAUCUUACAAGGUAGUGUGUUUACGUAAUUGACGAGGUUUGAGAUAGCUAAGGGUGACAGAGAGACGGAGAGCCAGAGAUGGAGGAGAUGAUAUGUCAUAUAUGUGAUAAUAAAAGUAGAAGAGUUUAAUGAGAAUGGGUUUGGAGUUGUUAAUUUGUGCUUUCUAGUCUUCUUCUUCAUUCUUCUCUUAGAUACAAAGGUGUAAACAAGUUUGCUCUUCAAUAAAACUGUAAAAGAAAUAUUCUUUCUUC